GUAGUAGUGCUGCUUGAGGUGCUACUGCUACUCGUAGUAGUACUACUGGUGGUACUGCUGCUACUCGUUGUAGUACUAGUCGUGGUAGUAGUAGUUGUAGUGGUACUGGUGGUAGUAGUAGUAGUGCUACUUGUGGUGCUGGUGGUGGUAGUAGUCGUACUCGUAGUACUGCUACUGCUUGUAGUACUCCUACUUGUGGUACUGGUUGUGGUGGUAGUGGUACUUGUAGUACUGCUACUGCUUGUAGUCUUACUGGUGGUGGUAGUAGUAGUGCUAGUUGUGGUACUACUGCUACUGCUCGUAGUAGUAGUGGUGGUGGUGGUCGGUAUUGCUAA